CUGCCCGCAAACACGGUGGCAGAAAUCUCGGGAGGAUCGUUCAAACUCCGCCGCCCAAAUGCGCGCGACCGUGGCGUCUGCGCGAACUGACGCGGCCCCAUCACCUGAGCGUAUAUACGCCUCUCUCCGUCGCCGCCCUCCUCUUUGCUCUUUCCAUCUCCGUGCUGCCCAUCGUGCGGCAAUUCAGUCUGUACGCCACCGCAAUCGCACCCAUCAUGCCCGACGGCUCCUACGAACGCCCGCAACAGCGGCAGUUCAACCCUUACUCUGAGAAUGGAGGCACUAUCCUCGCCAUCGCGGGUGCGGACUUCUCAGUCAUUGCGGGUGACACCAGGCAGAGCGAGGGGUACAGUAUCCAGACGCGUUAUGCACCCAAGGUCUUCAGAUUAACUGAGCGCGCGGUGCUAGCGGUCAAUGGAUUCGCGGCAGAUGGUAACAUGUUCGUGAAGAAGGUGAAGCAGCGGCUCGAGUGGUACCGCCAUGCCCACGCAAAAGACAUGCCCCUCCGCGCGAUCGCGAGACUCAUCCAGACGAUGCUCUACGCGCAACGUUUCUUCCCUUACUACGUCUACAACAUCCUCGGUGGCAUCGAGGAAGACGGCACGGGUGCCGUUUACUCUUUCGACCCCGUCGGCUCGUAUGAGCGUGAAGCAUGUCGAGCCGCGGGUGCUGCACAGUCUCUCGUGCAGCCCUUCCUGGACAACCAGAUCUAUUUCAAGAACCAGACACCGGCGCCCGGUACCAAUCAUCCCACGCACCUUCCUCUCCCAGACGUCCUCUCCAUCGUCAUCGACUCGUUCACGAGCGCAACAGAGCGCCACAUUGAGGUCGGCGACGGCCUCGAAAUCUACGUCGUGCUCGCGAAGGGGCGGAGUACGCAAGAACUUGCGAGUAUCGGGGGCCUUCAAGAGCUGAGCACGAGAGCAGAAGGCGACCGCAUGUUUGUGAUCAGGCGAGACCUAAAGAAGGACUAGAGCGGGCAAGGAGAGAGGAAGUAUCGUAUGCCCGUGUUUCUUUCGUCCGCACACACCGAAUGGACAGCCAUCCCACUGUGCCUGCCGCUCGCAUCCGCACGCCUGUUCCCCCGCCCCUCCG